AUGGCAUCUAUGAUCGACAAGUCAAUUUUUAGCUCUGGUGGCAAGACACUGGUAGGCUGUUCUGCCGAUGGAUCACGUCUCUUCGCGGUCAACAAAAAUGGUUUAACCAAAAUCUUACAGCUGAAUAAACCUGAAGACGAACCAGAUGUGCUCGAUUCAUGUCAGAACCCUACCUCGAUGCUAACCGUGUCGAACUCAAGACUGAUAGUGGGUUCACUGAAAGGUGAUGUCAAUCUUUACAGCUCGCAGGAAUCAGAGAGCAAGCUUUUACUGAGGUGUGCUUUGCCAGUACGGGAUGUGGUACUAGUCCACAAUGGUAAAACGGUGGCAAUCGGUGGAGACGACUUGGAAGUAACCCUUUUGUCACUCACUGAAGAAUCUGAGCGGGUAAAAACAACUUUGAAACUCGAGGACCAAGUCCGUAAGUUGGCUUACAAUCCUCAAAUGAGUGUUCUGGCAAUCUCUCAGGUAAAUGGCAGCAUUCAUUUCUACUCAAUGACCUCGACCACUCCGCGUCACGUCCACAGGCUAGACAAUUGCAUUGCGGCCCAUUUUUACAAUGACGACUUUCAAGACUCGUUACUGCAGUCUAUUGACCCUGCCGAAGCUGGAGAUGAGGAUGAGAGCGCCACGGACCCUGAAUACUGCGAUGAGAACAGAGUAUGCUCGCGCGUCGAAUGGCAUCCCCACGGUCUUCAGUUCGCUGUUCCAUGCCAAGACCGAUCUAUCAAGAUUUACAAUCUCAAAGAUUUCACACAAAUCAAAUCUUUUACUUACUCUCAAAUCAAACGUGAGUUUGUCGAUAUCAAGUAUAGUCCACAGAAUGGUUCUUUCAUUGCAGCCAUAGAUUUGGACGACAGGGUCACGAUCUGGAACGCUGUGACUGGUGAGAUUCACACAACCAGAGAUCUGAAGCAUAAAAUCACAAAUCUGAGUUGGGCACUUCAAUCGAAUAAUACUCUAGAUCUCCAUUUUGGUACUUGGUCAGGUAACAUGGUGAGCAUUAGAAAUGUGGCCGAAAACGUGGUGCAGCGGCCUGUUCUCCAUGAGGACGCCGAGAAGAAACAGGAGAAGAACAAUCUUUUUGUGAGCUCCGACGAUGAAGAGGGCGAAACUACUGCUCACCAUAAUGAGGCCUUUGUUGAGGGGAACGGACACGAGAAUUUGAAUGAGUCUCAAGGUCUGUUCACAGAUGAUGAGAGCAACGAGCCUAAAAAGAGAGCACUCCUCAACGACGAAGAUGAUUUUAUUGACGAUGAUGACGGAGCUGGCUAUGUAGUCAAAAAGCCGACAUAUUCGAGGUCCGCGACCCAUAGAUCUUCUCCUUUCAAUACGGAGAGUCGAGCUUCUAAAUUCCGCUAUCGCCCUUUCUCACCAGGAGGUACACCAUUCGGGUCGUCUGAUAGACGAUACUUGACCAUGAACAAUAUCGGAUAUGCGUUUACUGUGAAAACUAGCGAGGGAUCAGCGUCUUCGCGAAGUACCAUAACAACUUCCUUCUUCGACCUGGGUCGUUUUAAAGAGUACCAUUUCGAAGAUCUGUAUGGAUACGAUAUUUGUUCUUUGACUGAAGAGGGAGCACUAUUCGCAGAAUCCAAAGCGGGGCGGCUCCACUAUCGUGCCCAUAAUAAUUUUGAAUCUUGGAAUAGAAUGGUUCCCUUACAAAUAUCAGAGAAGAUCACUUCAGUGGCGGCCACAUCGAAGAAAGUAGUCGUCGGAACAUCUUUUGGUUAUGUUAGAACUUUCAACCAAUUUGGCAUUCCACUUGAAAUUGAGAAAGUAUCGCCCGUUGUAGCGUUAGCCGCCCAAGAUUAUAAGAUAUUUGCGGUUCAUUUUUCACCACAUCAUGGAAUCACUUACACUCUAUUCGAGCAGAAUCCUCAGACCGGGAGUAGGUAUUUUCAGAGAGAGAGCUCGUUGCCAAUCAAGCUUCCGGUAAAUUACGAUGAGGAUGAGGAGUUUAGUGAGACAUUCUCAGCGUUUAGCCCCCUGGGUAUAAAAUCUCUAUUUUUUUCAGCAUACGGUGAUCCUUGCAUAUUCGGGGUAGACGACGUGCUGUUAGUGCUGUCGAGAUGGAGAUCGGCAGCUCAAAGUAGAUGGGUUCCGCUUAUCGACGCCAAGCUGGAGCUUUGGAAAAGUUCCAACGGCAGAGAAGCAAAAGAUCUUCACGUGUGGCCCUUGGGUUUGACGUUUAACGUUCUUAAUCACAUUUUGGUCAAAGGCCACCAUGAAUGGCCCGAAUUUCCCAUGCCCUUGCCGUCUGAGAUGGAAGUAAGAGUUCCGCUCAUUAUAAAGGAUGAGGUGCAAAUCAGCCGCGAUGACGAGAACGAGCAGGAGAUGCAGAUUCCAGCUCAGAUGGCUGCAGAGGAGGAAUUUGUGCGUUCCAAAUUCAUGAGCGAGCUACUGACCGAUACUCUAGAGCACGAGGGCGAAGUUUACGGGAAUGAAACGCAAGUUCUUGCAUCUUUGAACGCGGCCUACGACAAGUCGCUGCUGCGACUAUUUGCAACAGCCUGCUCAGAGCAGGACAUAGGCAAAGCCCUUACUUUAGCGCAGGAAAUCAAACAAGACAAAGCACUGAAUGCGGCCGUCAAAAUUGCAGAGAGAGCUGAGUUGAUGAGUUUGGUUAAAAAGGUCAACGAUAUUCGGGAAGCUCGCUACGAACAGCAAUUAAAUACUGUUUGA